AUGCCGCCUGCGAGCCAGCAGAGCCAACGGAUGAAUGAUUCCGAUGAGGACAUGUGGAGCGUCGCCUCCGAGGAGCUUGGCGGUUGCAUAGUCCAGGUUUUGGCAGAAGUUCAUGUAGGCACCGUUUGGCAAAGCGAGUUGACGCGCUUGAAUGAAGAAGAGCUGCUGGGGUUCGAAUAUUUUCAGAACCCAACCGAUUACUUCAGCUUACGCAUCGCAGAAGUGCUUCCGGUUCAGCAAGGCUUCGCAUUGACAUCUUCCAAAUCUUUCGUGCUGCAGCGCCGGGCUGGCGUUGUGCAAUUUAAAGAUCCAUCCACGUUCUCGGUGCAGCUAGCAAGCUUGACAGUGCCAUUUUGGCCAUACUUGCCGGGUGUGGAUUUGUCCAGAGUUGCACUUGCAUCAGCAGGGCAGACUGUGUCUGCUGGACACGUGCUGGCCAAUGUUUGGGGCUUGAAUGCGGGGAAGGCAGAUGCCGAGUCUUGCUUAGUAGUUCCAUUACCGGAGGCAUUGUUGCAGAUGGUUCUGCACGGUGAGUGGAAACACAUUCCAUGCCUUGGUCGCUGGCACGCUUCGCUAUCAAAUCUUCCCGAGGCUAUUCAAACUUCAGUGGGUGUGUCAGGGCAUGACCCUCCUGACCCGCAAGAUGGAGGUAUUUCGCAAGCGAAGCUUUUGGAUUUGAUGAAGAAAUUGCAGUGCUGGGCCCAAGUUUUGCUUCGAGACGAUGUUGAUGAUCAGCGAAAGCUUGAACUUUUGGGGGCUAUUCGUUGGCUGGCCAACGUUCGGGCUGCUUUGCCUGGCGACCACCUGGCCGUCCCACGACCGAAGCUUCUCUAUGGUUCCUUGUUCUUGGUGCGGUGCAUGCUGAUGACAAAGUUGAUGCCGUCGUACGUUAACUUGAAAGAGAUUGCUUUAGAAUCCUUGCGGCUUCAGCGCCUCCUUCGCGCUCAAACGACGGGUGUGCAGGAGGAUCGGAUGCAGCGCCUGGCAGAUCAUGGUCACGAGCUCCUGAGCUGGUACGCCCGACGUGUGGCUGAACUGGAGCAGGAGAAUAAGACCCUGCGCAGCAGCUACCUCAAGGAGGCGGAUCCCCAACACUUCCGCAUCGACUCGGCCGAAGAGCAGGAGGAAGAGGUGGUGGGUCCGGAGCAGCCCAGCGAGAAUCGCCAGGAGAGCCUGCGAAACUCGAAGACGAGGGAGCACUCGUCGCUGCAGAGCCUUUUUGAAAUCGAUUGGGACGACUUGGGCGCAGAGCUUCUUGAGAAAGCAAAGCAGCACUGUCUCCAGCCGCUGCCGUCGCACGGGGUCGACGCGAAGGUGCUGCAUGAUCCACGCGAAAACUUGUUGGCGCUCGACCGCCUGCUUGACGCACUUCCCGAAUCGCAGUCGCAGUUGAUUUGGUGGCAGUUUGCCCGCUAUGAGUCCGAGCUGGGAUACCUGCGCUCAGUCAUCGCCUCCUACGAGGAGAUUUGCUUGUCCCGGGUGGAAGAGGCAGCUUGUGAAUCGAGAACUGACUUGCCCGAUGCCGCUGCGGAAAAGAGGCUCUCGGAACCUCUCGCUUUAUCGCACUUGUAUGCGAUGAAGGACCUAGGAAUGAUUGCAAACAUGGAGAAGCCCGCCAGCCACGACCUGCUGGAAGUCGCUCUGCGGGCCCUGUCCUGCAUGGAGCACCGCGGGGCCUGUAGCGGAGGAAUGGACAGCAACAUCGCGAUCUGUGGCGGCGACGACAGUGGCGAUGGGGCAGGGGUCAUGACUCAGAUACCGUGGGAGCUCUUUGCCUGCGACGUGAACCUCCCCGAUGACACGGGCACCUGCGCUGUGGGGAUGCUCUUUCUCUCCAAGGACACUGAUGUUCGAAUCGAUGCGAAGAUCAAGCUGGAGAGCUCCCUCACACAGGAGGGCUUUGACAUUCUCGGCUACCGGAUUGUUCCAGUCGAUGCUUCAGUGCUCGGAGAGCGAUCCGCGCAGACGGAGCCUUGGAUGGAGCAGAUCUUUAUCUCCCAUCCGACGGCGCGGGACGCAGAGAUGGAAACGCUUUUGUACAUUGCGCGCAAGCGCGUGGAGGAUACGCUUUCCUACGAGGCCCUGUAUGUCGCCUCCCUAUCUCCCAAGACCAUCGUCUACAAGGGCAUGCUGAAGUCCUCGGCGAUAGUGAGCUACUACAAGGAUCUGCGCGAUCCGCGGUACAAGGUUCAGUACGCGCUCUGGCACCGCCGGUUUAGCACCAAUACCAUGCCGCGGUGGCCCCUGGCGCAGCCCUUCCGCUACUUGGGCCACAAUGGCGAGAUCAACACCAUCCAGGGCAACUACAACUGGACGCAUGCGAGAUCGGGAUCUUUCGAGCAUCCCAACUUUGGCUAUCGCAUGAGGGAGGUGCUGCCACCGUGCCGUGCAGAAAACUCGGACUCCGGCAACAUGGACUGUUACCUGGAGCUGAUCCUCCGCUGUAACCGUGAGCUUCCAGAGGCGCUAAUGAUGAUGAUUCCGGAGGCCUACAAGGCAGCCGACGAGAAGUCCAGCAAAAAGGUCAUGGAGUUCUACGAGUACUGGGGAGCCUUGCAGGAAGCCUGGGAUGGCCCAGCCCUGGUUGCCUUCUGCGACGGAGAGUACAUGGGUGCCACCUUGGACCGCAAUGGCCUCAGGCCUGCGCGGUACUUCCAGCUCAACGACGGGACCUGUGUGGUUAGUUCCGAGACCGGGAUCCUGGACAGCGAGCUUUUUCCAGCAGCCAUGUUCAAGUCAAAAGGCCGACUCGGUCCCGGUGCGAUGGUGGCGAUUGACCUCCACACUGGCGAGCUCAUAGAGAAUGACGAGAUCAAGAAGAAGAUGGCAGCCAAGAAGCCUUAUGGCGACUGGAACAAGGUCUUUCGCGAAGAAAUGGGCCGAGAGCCCUUCCUCUCCGCGAACCACGACCUUGCCGUGCCAAGGGCGAUAGAGCAGAACCUGAUGACCAUGCAGUUUGACAUGGGCUACACCAUCGAGGAUGUCGAGAUGGUGGUGGAGGCCAUGGCGCAAACAGGAAAAGAGCCCACCUUUUGCAUGGGAAACGAUAAGCCGCUGGCGGUGGUGUCUGACAGAGCCCAUGUCCUCUACGACUACUUCACCCAGCGCUUCGCACAGGUCACCAACCCGGCCAUCGACCCAUACCGCGAGUCGCUCGUGAUGUCGACGGAUGUUUACCUGGGCCGACAAGGCAACCUAAUGGCAGAGACGCCGACCUAUUUCCAGAACAAGGCCAACAACCGAUUGGUAAAGGUGGACUCGCCGUUCCUGAAUGAAAGACAGUUGUAUGGCAUCAAGAACAGCGGUCUGCUGACUGUGCAGCUCAGCACCCGCUACGACUUCGAACGUGGCCCGGGUGCCCUCGAGAAGGCGUUGUCGGACUUGUGCUACGAGGCCUCCAAUGCCAUUCGAAACGGAGCCGAGUUGAUCAUCCUCUCCGACGUGCCGCGCAACUCUGAUUUCAUGUCCUUCGAUGUCAGCGACCCGGAUAUCGAGCUUGAGAGGUCCAUGUUAGCCAUCCCACCACUGCUGGCCGUCGGAGCGGUUCACCAUUACCUGAUCCAACAGGGGCUCCGUACUCAGGCAUCCCUGGUCGUCAGCACGGGGCAGUGUUGGAGCACACACCACUUUGCCUGCCUCAUUGGCUACGGCGCUUCCGCCGUCUGCCCCUACCUGGCGCUGGCACAUAUCCGUCGCUGGCAUUCCACAGACAAGGGUGCUGCAAAGGCCGAUGGCCAGACUGUGGAAGAGGUGCAGGCCAACUACAAGCGCGCCAUCAAUGCUGGGCUCAAGAAGAUCAUGUCUAAGAUGGGCAUCUCCGUGUUGGAGUCUUAUCGGGGCGCUCAAAUCUUCCAAUGCAUCGGGCUGGAGGAGAAGGUGGUCGAAAGGGCCUUUACAGGCACACCCUGCACAGCUCCCGCCCUGUCCUUCACAGAUAUCGCCAACGAGUCCAUGAUGUUCCACCGCAGGGCCUUCCCGGAGCUAGAGGAGACUGCGGAGAAGCUGGAGUUUGCGGGGUGGUACCGCUACAUCAAAAACAAAGGCGAGUUUCACAUGAACAAUCCAGACAUGGCCCGCGCCUUGCAUCGGGCUGUUAGGAACAAGGAGCCUUUGGCCUACGAGGAGUAUCGGCGUCAGAUCAUGGAUGGCCGGCCGGUUACCGCCAUCCGAGACCUGCUGGAUUUCUCGUCAGAUCGCCAGCCGGUGCCACUGGUAGAAGUGGAGGAUGCCCUCUCGAUCUGCAACCGCUUCGUCACCGGUGGAAUGUCUUUGGGCGCUCUGUCGCGGGAGGCGCACGAGGUCAUCGCCUUGGGCAUGAACCGGAUCGGAGGCAUGAGCAACAGUGGCGAAGGCGGCGAGGAUCCUGUGCGAUUUCAUCCGAUCGAGGACGUAGACGAAGAAGGCAAUUCGGCAACCUUCUCUCACCUCAGCGGCUUGAAAAAUGGGGAUUCUGCGACAUCCGCGACGAAGCAGGUGGCCUCGGGUCGCUUCGGAGUCACUGCGGCCUACUUGCGCAGUGCGAAGCAGCUGGAGAUCAAGAUUGCACAAGGCGCCAAGCCAGGCGAAGGGGGGCAACUCCCCGGCCCCAAGGUGGACGAAUACAUCGCCAGACUCCGCAACAGCGUUCCAGGCGUAGAGUUGAUCUCGCCUCCGCCACAUCACGACAUCUACUCCAUCGAGGAUUUGGCCCAGCUGAUCUUCGACUUGCAUCAGGUCAGUCCCGAUGCGAAGGUAUCCGUGAAGUUAGUCGCCAGUUCCGGCAUCGGUACCAUCGCUGCCGGCGUCGCAAAGGCGAACGCGGAUGUCAUCCAGAUCUCGGGACAUGAUGGUGGAACUGGUGCCUCUCCGCUCAGCAGCAUCAUGCAUGCAGGAGGGCCCUGGGAGCAGGGACUGUCAGAGGUGCAGGGCGUGCUGGUUGAGAAUGGCCUGCGGAACAGGGUCACCCUGCGUGUGGAUGGCGGCAUCAAGACUGGUUGGGACAUCGUCGUGGCCGCCAUGAUGGGAGCUGAGGAAUUCGGCUUCGGAAGCGUGGCGAUGAUCGCAGAGGGCUGCAUCAUGGCGCGAGUUUGCCACAUGAAUCGCUGCCCCGUGGGAGUGGCAACGCAGCGGGAAGACCUACGGAGGAAGUUCCCCGGAACGCCCGACCACGUUGCGAACUUCAUGCUCUUUGUGGCCGAAGAGGUCCGAACUAUCAUCGCAGCUUUGGGCUACCGGUCACUGGAUGAGGUCAUCGGCCGCUCGGACCUCUUGAGACCACGGGCAGAGAAUGCUGUUCGGACCAACGUUCCACAGCCUGCCAUGGCGUCGGGGCAGAGAAAGCGACGGACCCCCAAGCAGCUGGUGAAGACCAGCUCUAUCGACCUCGGUGGCUUCUUCGCAGACGAGCAGCCGGAUGAAGCCAGCCGUCUCGCCUGGGUGGGAGCGAAAAGAGGAAGCGCAGCCCAUAGCAACGGGCCCGUGUUAGAUGAUGAGAUUCUUUCUGAUCCAGCAGUUUCUGCAGUCAUUGAGAGCAACAGCGGCAGCGUUUGCAAAGCGAUGAGCAUCCAGAAUGUGAACAGAUCCGUUGGUGGUAGAAUAGCUGGCGCCAUCGCCUCCAAAUACGGAGACGAUGGCUUCAAGGGUGAGAUUGAGCUCAGCUUCGUGGGUUCUGCAGGACAGUCCUUUGGUGUGUGGAACACCUCAGGGGUGCACCUGAGAGUCGAAGGAGAUUGUAACGACUAUGUGGGAAAAGGCAUCAAUGGAGGUACCAUCGUGGCUACCAAGCCACAGGAUAGCUUCUUCUCAUCGGAGCAGAAUGUCAUUGCCGGUAACACCUGUCUCUACGGCGCCACGGGUGGUCAGGUUUUCUUGAGCGGCCGCGUGGGCGAGCGAUUUGGCAUACGAAAUGCUGGCUGCGAAGCUGUUAUAGAAGGCUCGGGCGAUCACCUGGGUGAGUACAUGACCAAUGGGGUGAUCGUUGCUCUGGGAACGGUAGGCCGCAAUGUUGGUGCUGGAAUGAGCGGCGGGCUGCUGUAUAUCUACGACCCUGAAGAGAAGGGUCUGCAACUGAAUGCAGACAACCGAAGAAAUGCCUUCCGCGUCACGGCCAGAGCAGGCCACGACCAGCUGAAGAGCCUGAUCCAGAGGCACCACGACCUGACUGGUAGCUCGAUCGCUGCGGCCAUUCUUGAGGACUGGGAUGCAUCCGUCAACCUAUUCUGGCAAGUAGCGCCAGUGUCCAUGCAGCAGAGUGAGCUGGUUGGCGCGAUGGAGGAGGCUCAGCAAGUCCGGGCCGACAGUCCCGUGACCGUCGCUGCCCGCGGCGCCCAGCGCUCGCAGGGCGGCGCCAAAGCUUGGGGGGCUUCUGCGCCUGGCGCAUAG